GGCAACUGUCUCCAUACCAAUUUCCCAAUAGAUUGAAAAGAAAUGGCGACGGCAGUUGCGUUGUCUUCCUCACUCAAGCACCACUUAGUCUUAGGCAUUCGAAUCCCUCAAAGCCCAGCCCUUUGCCGCCGAAAUGGAACCAGAAUUUCAACUUUUAGAAGCUUCACAGUUGCAAUGGCUACUCCUCUUGAAGUCUGCGUUAAAGCUUCCGUUACCACUCCCAAUAAACUCGGAGACUGCCCUUUUUGCCAAAGGGUAUUGCUGACUAUGGAAGAAAAGCAUCUUCCAUAUGACAUGAAGUUGGUCGAUUUGGCAAACAAGCCGGAAUGGUUCUUACAGAUCAGUCCUGAAGGGAAGGUUCCAGUAGCAAAACUUGAUGAGAAGUGGGUUCCUGAUUCUGAUGUAAUUGCACAGUCACUGGAAGAAAAGUAUCCCGAUCCACCAUUGGUUACCCCGCCGGAAAAAGCAUCAGUUGGUUCGAAGAUCUUCUCCACAUUUAUUGGUUUUCUUAAAAGCAAAGAUCCCAGUGAUGGAACAGAGCAGGCAUUGCUGAAUGAAUUAAGCUCAUUUAAUGAUUAUAUCAAAGAAAAUGGCCCUUUUAUCAAUGGGGAGAAGGUUUCUGCAGCAGACUUGUCUCUGGCACCAAAGUUAUACCAUCUUGAGAUUGCUUUGGGGCAUUACAAGAAAUGGUCUGUUCCGGAUACACUUCCCUAUACAAAAUCUUACAUGAAGACAAUUUUCUCAAUGGAAUCGUUCGUCAAAACACGUGCAAGUCCUGAUGAUGUAAUUGAAGGUUGGCGUCCCAAAGUAAUGGGCUAGUUCUUUCCACCCGACCCCAAAAUUUGAUGUAAGGGGGUAUACUAUUUACAAGAAAUGCUACUCUUCUCGACAUGCAAAUGGGAUCAAGGACCAAAUUUCGUCCUGCUUGUUAUCGUACUAGACAACUUACUUUUGUUCAUCUGAGAUAAAACAUAUAUACCCCUCUUAAAGUUAAUAUCUUAUUGCAUUGGCUAUACGGUCAUUAUUUGCAAGGUUUCUAAGAUACUUUGCACUUUACAGCAUUAAUUAUUCGCUUUCU